CCCCUGGCUCCUGCUCCACGCUCAGCAUGCCCCUGUCUGGCGGACCCGGACCUGCUGAGGAAUCGCUCUGGAGCUCGAGGUCAGCCUGCAGGGUAAGCAUUUUUCAUCCUUUCCAAACGUGAAAAGAGUGGCCAUCUGUGCGGACCCGUCACGCAAAAUCAGCGCUAAAGCGGCUCUUUGGAGAAGGUGAUACGGCUGUGCUGCUGCCUCCUCCUGUGCUGGGGCUCCCCUCCCGCUAACGCCGUCUCCUGUCCCCGGUAGGAAAUGGAGUCAAAGGUCUCCGAAGGCGGCCUGAACGUCACCCUCACCAUCCGGCUGCUGAUGCAUGGCAAGGAAGUCGGAAGCAUCAUUGGAAAGAAAGGAGAGACCGUGAAGAAGAUGCGUGAGGAGAGCGGGGCGAGAAUCAACAUCUCGGAGGGAAACUGCCCUGAGCGAAUUGUGACCAUCACUGGCCCCACCGACGCCAUCUUCAAGGCUUUCGCCAUGAUCGCCUACAAAUUUGAGGAGGACAUAACCAACUCAAUGAGCAACAGCACUGCUACCAGUAAACCUCCAGUGACACUGCGACUGGUCGUGCCAGCUAGUCAGUGCGGCUCGCUGAUUGGCAAAGGAGGCUCCAAGAUCAAGGAAAUCAGGGAGUCCACAGGUGCUCAGGUUCAAGUGGCGGGGGACAUGCUGCCCAACUCCACGGAGCGGGCAGUGACAAUCUCGGGGACACCCGACGCAAUUAUCCAGUGUGUCAAACAGAUCUGUGUGGUGAUGCUGGAGUCCCCACCAAAAGGUGCCACCAUUCCCUACCGCCCAAAGCCCGCCUCCACCCCUGUCAUUUUUGCAGGUGGUCAGGCCUACACAAUUCAGGGACAAUAUGCUAUUCCACACCCGGAUCAGUUGACCAAGCUCCACCAGUUGGCUAUGCAGCAAACCCCUUUUACUCCCCUUGGACAGACCACCCCCGCUUUCCCUGGAGAAAAGCUGCCCUUACAUUCCUCCGAAGAAGCUCAAAAUCUGAUGGGCCAAUCAUCAGGUCUGGAUGCCAGUCCCCCGGCCAGUACUCAUGAACUCACCAUUCCCAAUGAUCUAAUAGGCUGCAUAAUCGGACGCCAAGGGACCAAAAUCAAUGAAAUUCGGCAGAUGUCUGGAGCACAGAUCAAAAUCGCCAACGCCACGGAAGGGUCAUCAGAGCGCCAAAUCACCAUCACGGGAACCCCUGCCAACAUCAGCCUCGCUCAGUACCUCAUCAACGCCAGGCUGACGUCUGAGGUCACUGGAAUGGGCGCACUCUAAUUUCCACCCACCAUCCUCCACUCCGCACCACCCGACCCUCUCCAGCCAAGGGCACUCCACCCAGCCUGUACAACCUGUACAUUUACCGUCUUCCCCUUACCUCCACAG